AUGGAUUCAAUUAAUUCAUUCAUACAAUCGCCUACACGGUUAGGAAUACUUAUCGCGCUGUCUGGGAUAUUCCUCUACAAUGUAUAUAGAACACUGUACCAGAGGUUUCCAUGCCCACUCCCGCCAUCUCCCCCGGCGGACCCGAUCCUCGGACACUUCAGGAGAUUGCCCUUAGAGAAUGCUCACCUCAAGCACAUGGAAUACGCCAAGCAGUACAAUUCUGAUGUCGUAUACUUCAAUGUACUGGGGAAGCACAUGAUUGUCCUCAAUUCUCAGAAGGCUGCGAAUGAGCUAUUAGACAAGCGAGGUGCAAACUAUCAAGAUAGACCUCGAUUCGUCUUGUUUGAAGUCAUGGGAUGGGGCCUGACAUUGACAUUUCUCCCAUAUGGCCCUAGAUUUCGCUUGCAUCGUUCAGUGCUUCAAACGGGAUUCACCAAGACAGCUAUUACGAACUAUAGACCGAUCCAGUUAGAUGAAGCCAGACAAGCUGUGUCCAGAAUCCUUAAGCGCCCGGAAGAAUCGUUUUACUGGGAUUUUGCAUUGCGCCGAUUCGCUUCUGCGAUAGUCCUUCGUAUUGGGUUCGGUGUUACCGUUAAGUCAGACGACGACCCCUUUAUCACAAUCGCGAUAAACGCCAACGUGGCAACAGGGGGCGGAGGGAAUCCGGGAACGGCUCUCGUUGACUAUUUCCCGUUGUUCCGCUAUAUUCCUCAGUGGCUUAACUUCUCUCGGACCCUGCAACAUGCGCGAAGAUGGGGAUGGGCCAUUAAGAACCUGCAUGAUAUACCAUUUUCGGCGAUAAAGAAAGAAUUUGAUGAAGGGACGGCCAACCCGUCGUUUGCUUACUCGCUCCUUACGAAAUAUAGAGAAAAUGAGGAAGAAGGCAUUCCCAACCAACUUACGCUUGAGGAUAUCCAAGGUGCAUCCGGCGCUGUUUUCAUCGCGGGGUCUAACACGACCUUUGCUACGACAACUAUUGCUAUUUUGAAUUUGAUGAUGAAUCCUGAAGUCUUCGAGAAAGCUAGAGCUGAAGUUGACAGAGUUGUCGGUACCGACAGGCUGCCGACGUUCGAGGAUCGACCGAACUUGCGUUAUCUCGACUAUCUCGUCGAAGAAACCUCAAGGUGGAGAGCAUUAUCGCCUAUUGGAAUCCCCCAUAGGUCGUUAAAUGACGACAUCUAUAAUGGAAUGUUCAUUCCUAAAGGGACAUUGGUCUACUAUAAUACCUUCGCUAUGUCUAGAGACCCAAGCGUGUACAAGGAUCCCGAGAGAUUCAAUCCCGAUCGAUACACCCCUAAAGAAGAAGGAGGAGAUGGCGAGCCGCUAUUAGUUGGGCCGUUUGGCUUUGGUCGAAGAGUAUGUGUUGGACGCCAUCUAGCUCAAGCAUCCGUAUGGAUCAUGAUAGCUACUCUUGUGGCCACAACCAACAUAUCGAAACCUAUUGACCUAGAUGGUAAUCCCAUUGAACAGACCAUAAAAUUCAGCACGGGAUUAUCAAGUCAUCCCAAUAAGCUUGAUGUAGGUUUCAAACGUAGAUCCAAGAAAGCUCUAAAGCUCCUUAGCAAAGCUGUUAAGGACGCUCAGUGA